CUGGCCAGCUGCAGCUGUUUGAUUGAUUUGUUGGACAGACCUGUGAAGACGCUGUUGCAAUAAUCGGGUCGGGAAGUCAGAGGCAGGUGGCUUAAAUGAAGUGAGGUCUGCUACAUGAGCACUAAGGAGAGACGCCCCGAAGAGAACCUGUUGAUUCAUUCCAUCUGUAAAUUUAAGAAACUCCAGUCCAGAAGACAUUUCUUCAUAUGUAUCCUAUGAAUCCUGUGAAUGAGUGGGUGAACAGAGAGGGAGGGGGGCAGGAGGAAGGGAACCAGUCGCUCUGUCUGCAGUCGAUGUAUCAGCUUGUUUUGGAACGGGUUGCUCCUGAUACGCAGAGUGUUCCAUCCUAGUCAGAACUCCUUGAGCCUAUUCUUCUGAAGCGAUGAUCACGUUGCUGUCCUUGUUGAUAAAAUGAAAAAGAUUUGCAGUGAGUAGCUUUAUCCUAUGUUUAUUAAGACUGCAUCCGCCUCUUCCAAAAAGGUGAAAGCGCUGCCAAUAGAUCCACCGACAUGUUUUGCCCUCUCCGCCUGCCUGUGUCCCUCCUCAGCACCAGUACGUCCCGGUGAACCCACGGCGCGGAGCUCCCAGCUCUGAUGUUGAUGUUCCAGUAGAACCACAGAUCCCGACCUCGACACGUCUGGGAUGAAUCAGAGCAGGUUCUGUAGCUAAGCCGUCACAUCCAGCAUCAGAGUCUGACCUCACAGAUGUUCUUCUAGAAGAAUUGUCAAAAGCUUCUGUACACAGGCUCCAUAACAGAGAACACGUUUUCUCAGGAGAAGAUAAAUUUAACGUCACCAUGAAGGUUUUCUGGCUCCGAGGAUAAUAUGCAAACAAAUUAAAAUGUUUUGUUUAACCGUAUCUUGACUUGAGGUGGAGUUUUUUUAUUUAAAUAAGAGCAGAGUUACAGUGCAGCGCCCUCUGAUGGUUGAGUUUGGCAUGAAGUUCAUCUCAGCCCUUCCAGACUGCUGUGGAUAGAAACACAGUUCUCCGUGUCUCCACCAGAGGGCGCUGUGGGACAUGUCCUCUGGUCCAGCUCCAUGUUCCUGUUUUUUUUUUUCCAGCCUCUCGGUUCCUGACCUGACGCCCAACAUCGGCCUCUUCUGGUAUUUCUUCGCUGAGAUGUUUGAGCAUUUCCGCCUCUUCUUCCUCUGCGUCUUCCAGAUCAACGUCUUCUUCUACACCGUCCCUCUGUGCAUCAAACUGAAGGACCAGCCGGUGUUCCUGAUGUACAUGCAGCUGGCGGUGAUCUCCAUCUUUAAGUCUUACCCCACCGUGGGCGACACGGCGCUCUACCUGGCCUUCCUCCCCGUCUGGAGCCACCUGCACAGAUUCCUCAGGAACAUCUUCCUGGUUUCCUGCGUUCUGCUCGCCUGCUCUGCUCUCUUCCCGGUUCUGUGGCAUCUCUGGAUCUACGCCGGAAGCGCCAACUCCAACUUCUACUACGCCAUCACGCUGCUCUUCAACGUGGCGCAGAUCCUGCUGGUGUCGGAUUAUUUCUACGCCUUCCUGAGGAGGGAGCACCACCUGACGGCCGGGCUCUACCUGAAGAAGAAGGACGGCUCCGAGGCGACGCUGGUGCUGAAAUGAAGCGCGCCCUGCGGCUGCUGCAGAGCAACGAGCUGAUCGAACCUGAUCAAAUCUGAUCAAACCUGAUCAAAUCUGAUCAAACCUCCUCAGACUGGAAUGAGGAGGAAUAAAAACGUUGAUGGUGCAGAACUCUGAGCGACUCGCCGCCGUUUCCGAUGAACAAACUCUGAACUGUUCAGGAGGGAAAGUUUCAUCUGAGAAUAUUUUAUUCAGAACUUUUUCUGUUUAAACAUAAAAUGUAGGAAACGUGUGAAUGUCCAGAGAAAUGGCUCAGCAUCACUUGGUUUUGUCUAUUUUGCUUGAUGACUUUAAAUUUCUUUGUGUUGUGAGCAGAAUGCCAGGAUUAUAUAAAGUUCUAAAGGUUUCAGUUAUUGAUUGGAUCUUUUCUGGGAUGAAAACAACAAAACUUCAUUUUUUGUUUUGCAGAUUAUGGAUCAAGAUAAAAUUGUCCAAGCUGCCAAAACACAAAAUUUAUUUGUGUAUUUUUUUCCCUUUCUUAUAAAAAAUAUUUUAUAACACUUAAAAUAAUACGAAGCUAAAUUAAAGUAACUUUUCAGCAAAAUGUAGGAGCAUUUUUUAAUUAAAUAAUUAUUUGAUUUGCAUUAAACUUUCUGUUUCCACUGUAGAUUAUUAAACUUAUAACAUGGAAAAAUGUCUUAUUAGUCAGAUAAUCUGCAGGUGAAACGAUUAUUUAUUUAAAACAAGUUUUUUAUCUGUUGCUCAGAAGUUUUUGGUAUUUUUUAUUUCAGGUUUUCUCAGAUAUUUGCAGGUUUGGUUUCACACAUUAAAGGCUCAAAUGUUGAAUGUU